UCUCCCGGAGCAGAGGUGGCGCAUGCGCAGAUCGCCAUACGCCCUCUCACUACAACCAUGUCAGCCAGCGGGACGCUGUACACUUACCCUGAGAACUUCAGGGCCUUCAAGGCCCUGAUCGCUGCUCAGUACAGUGGUGCCAAAGUAACUGUAGACAGCAGCUUUGUCUUUGGGGAAACCAACAAGUCUGAUGCCUUCCUGAAGAAGUUCCCUCUUGGCAAGGUUCCAGCCUUUGAGUCUACUGAUGGCAAAUGCAUUUUUGAGAGCAAUGCCAUUGCUUGGGCAGUGGCUAAUGAGCAGCUCCGUGGAAAGACUCCCAUGGACCAGGCUCAGGUGGUCUCCUGGAUGAACUUUGCUGAUAAUGAAAUCCUGCCAGCAUCAUGCACCUGGGUAUUCCCAUGCCUUGGUAUUAUGCAGUUCAACAAAGGUAACACUGAGCGUGCUAAGGAAGACAUUAAGAAAGCUCUUGCUGCUCUGAACUCCCACCUUUUGUCCCGUACCUACCUGGUGGGUGAACGCAUAUCCCUGGCUGACAUCACUGUAUGUUGCACCCUUCUCCAUCUCUACCAGUAUGUGCUGGAACCCUCCUUCCGCAAGCCUUAUCAGAAUGCCAACCGUUGGUUCACCACUAUGGUUAACCAGCCUCAGGUAAAAUCUGUUAUUGGUGAAUUCAAGCUCUGCGAUAAGAUGGCACAGUUUGAUAACAAGAAGUUUGCUGAAGUCCAGAGCAAGUUGAAGCAAGGUGGAGGUGACAAGAAGAAGGAGUCCAAGAAGGAGGCAAAGAAGGAACAACCCAAGGAGAAGAAGGAAAAGGAGUCAUCCCCUCCUGCAGCUGCCCCUGCACCUGCCCCCAAGCCCAAGGAUCCCUUGGAUGCCCUCCCUGCAGGAAACUUCAACUUGGAUGACUUCAAGAGGUUCUAUUCUAACAACGAUGAAGAUAAGUCUGUGCCUUACUUCUGGGAAAAGUUUGACAAAGAUCAUUAUUCCAUCUGGUACUGUGAAUACAAAUAUGCUGAUGAACUCAGCAAGGUUUUCAUGACCUGCAAUCUUAUUGGUGGAAUGUUCCAGCGUGUGGAUAAGCUCCGCAAGAAUGCCUUUGCCUCCAUGUGUGUGUUUGGUGAAGACAAGGCCAAUAAUAUUUCUGGCAUUUGGGUCUGGAGGGGACAGGAGUUGGCCUUCCCUCUCUGUGAUGACUGGACCGUCGACUACGAGUCCUAUGACUGGAAGAAGCUUGACCCUACUUCAGAGGAAACCAAGAAGCUAGUUGACCAGUACUUCAAGUGGAUUGGGGAGGACAACAAGGGCCGCAAAUUUAACCAGGGCAAGAUCUUCAAAUAAUUCUAAACCUACACAAAUGUUAUAUCCUACUGAGUAAAUAAAUUUUACCUUCA